AUGAGAAUUAUAUAUCUAGUCAGCGCCCUAGUGACUAGCGUCUUGUGCGCAAAACAAGACCUUGUCAUCCAUAAUCCGAUCAUCUCGGGCUGGAAUCCAGAUCCGUCCAUCAUACGUGUUGGCAGUGAGUAUUUCAUUGCCACAUCGUCGUUUGAGUAUUGGCCUGGAACGCCAAUCUAUCGGUCGACUGAUCUUGUGAGUUGGGAGCUGUUCUCUCACGCUCUAACACGGCCCUCGCAACUACAAUUGUACGGUGUUCCCACAUCUGCAGGCUCGUGGGCACCGUCCCUUAGCAUGAUAAAUGGCAAGUUCUAUCUUACUUCUAUGAUUCGAUGGACAUACGAUCCGGUGGCCAAAGUCUGGCCGCGUGUGUUUUGGGUCUCCUCAGAUGACUUGCAGCAUUGGUCUGACCCGACCUGGUGCGAUCCCUGGGGCAUUGACCCCGCCCUGUUCCAAGAUCCUUCGACAAACAAAGUAUACCUAAAUUUGAUGUCGCCUAACAAUAACAUCGACCGGAUAUGGGGAAUCUAUCAAUGCGAAGUGGAUCUAGAGAGUGGCAAAUGCAUAGGCGAAUACCACUCAUUAUGGAAUGGAACGAUGCCGCAUAAUGCGACAUCUCGCCCAGAGGGGCCAAAGAUGUUCAAAUUUGGUAAUUGGUAUUAUUUACUAAUCGCUGAGGGUGGUACUGACCAGCUUCAUCGAGCCACCAUCGCUCGUUCAGCUUCCCCGGAAGGCCCAUGGGAACCAAACCCAAAUAACCCACUGAUUUACAACGGCGCGUAUGGCUUCGAUAAUCUCACCGUCCAGUCGACCGGUCACGCAACCUUGUUCAAUACCUAUCAAGGAGACUGGUACGCAGUUUUCCUCGCUCGGCGAAACGUGAAUGGCUCCUCUCCUCUGGGUCGAGAAACUUUCCUUUGCUCCGUGAACUGGGAGAGCGGCUGGCCGAUUUUAAAUCAUGGCGAACCCAUACUACUCGAUAGUUCUCAGGCAUCAGCUUCCUCAAAAGCCAAACUGGAACCUUUCUAUGAUGCCUUUGACAAAGCAGUCUUGGAUCUAUCUUGGUACCAUUUACGUACCCCAUACGUCCAGCUAUACACUCUAGCCCACCUUGGUGAUUCUGGCGGUGUGAUACUUCAUGCCAAUGUCUUUUCCCUUAGCGAUCGUGAUGUUCCAGCCGCUAUUUUGCGAAAGCAGCGCUCACUUAACAUGACAUUCUCUGCAGAAAUACUGUCAUUUGAUGGUAGUCUACGAAGUCACCAAACAAUUGGAAUCAGUGCCUACUUGAGUGAGCUGCAGCACCAGGAUAUCGGUCUAACCGGCUGCAGGAAUAGCACCGGGAUGUGCAUAUACACAUCGUUUCUAAAUAAUGAGACAGCCGAGGUAUAG